AUGGCAUCAAGCACAAUAGCCGAUGAAAUAUUCUCCGACGAAUCAAGCUUCUACGGCGAUGAUGAUGGGAAGGCAGAACUGGAAUCCCAAGUCUCAUCCUACGAUCCAGGGCCAUUCUGGGUAGAAACCCACCAGAAGCUGUUAUCAACCAUCCAGCAGCAUCUGCGCGCUCCGCCGACGCGCGCAAAGGCCGCGUCAUCAGACAUUUCUAUGGACGAUGCAUCCCCAGAACCAGACAGUAUACCGAGCAACCAGCGCGGGAAGACCGAGCCAAUAGCUCGCUUUUUAUCGCGUCUUCCGCCCUCAACAACAGAAUCCGCGAGAGUAGGCCCCUGGAUCUGGAUGUACAAUCCGCAUAUGCCGCCGAGGCCGAGUGGGGAUGUUCCCACUCUGCUUAGGAAAGGAAGGGAGAUUCUCCAGGAGUAUGAGAAUGAGAGUGCGAUGCUGCGCGAGGCGCAUGAUAAGUCUGGCGCGAAGACUACGGCUGCUUUGACUCGUAAAUUGAAUCCGAUGCGCAAGGAGCUUGAGAAGGGGAUUCUGGAUCUGGCGAGGGAGACUGGUGUUACCGGUGGGAAGUGGAUGCUUUUUCCGACUGUCGACCGCGUUGAUGAGUUCUGGGGGGUGGUUGUUAGAGCGAUGGAGAAGGGGGAGCUUGGGGAUGUGGCGAAAGUCGCUACUAAUGAUGGGGGUGGAGAGAGUCGUUUGAUUUGUGUUUAUACGGAUGAUUUUGGAGAUGUUAAGGAUGUUAAGCGGGUUGUGAGUAAGUUGGUUAAUCUUGGGCUUGUUGGGAAGGGGCCCCGGUCUAUUUACUACAAGUCUGAUGCGUUCACUCAUCUGGAGAUUAGCUCUAAGAAUGAGUAUGGGCUGAAGGCGAGUAUGUAUUCGAGUCGUGAGAUGCUCGAGGGGAAGUAG